CUGGCCAGUACAACUCGUUGCUACCGCCAAACAAAAAAAAAAUGUGUUUUGAGUUGUUCGCUCUUCAAAUUUACCUACGGAAUGAAAUAUAUGUAAACAUACCUCAUUUAUCAUGUUAGUUGGAGAACUUGGUACGUCACUUUUUAAAGGUUUUUUCAGUAUUUACUCGUUGGCCUUGGAAGUUACUGGUCCGAGCAGUUUGUACGCUGUUGUGCUGUUGUGUUGGAAUUGUCAGUGGCAAUGAAGAGUUAUGUCAAACAAAUUACAGCAGUACGUUUCAAAACAGUCUGGUCCAUAUCUAAACCAAUAAUCUUCAUUUUCCUCUUGGUAAAUGUGAUAAUAGUUUUCAGAUACCGAUACCGAAUUUCGAUUCACCGACAAAUCUCUGUUUAUAUACCAUACAAGUACAACGGAUCAGAAAACACUUCAACGAACCAAGCAAACUUCCAAGAGCUGCAAAGACACUUUCGCUUCCAUUUCAAACGAGAAAGGAAAGCUCGCACUGACUGGUGGGGAAUUUUAAAACCCUGUUUUAACAAUACGGACUGGGGACAAGUUAAACCUGGAUGGGAGAAAAGUCAACGAACUGACGCCUCGACAAGUUUAAUCAUCAGUCAAGACAUCCGUCCUGCACGUGAAUAUAGUCGGUUGUUCAUUCAGACUAAAACAAAAGAUGGACGGUUAAAAUCGUUUGGUGGAGAUUCGUGGCGAGUGUACCUUCGUGGCCCAGCUUCAGUAUCAGCCACUGUAUUUGAUCAUGAUAAUGGGACCUAUGAAGCGCUGUUUUUGUUGAUGGAGCCUGGGGUUUAUCGUGUGCAGGUGUAUCUGGACUAUAGUUUAUGUGAUGGACUUAGAAAUCCUCCUUGGGAUUGGUUUAUAAAGGGGAAUAGCAAUGGCAAGAAGCAAAAAAAGGGUUCAUUGGGAUAUCUAGAUGACUACCUGUACCGGCCUUUGUCAAGCAACCUGUCGAUCACCGUCCAACAACCACGUCACAAUAUGUCCCUUAACGAUGUCCUCGUUCCCAGCAGUGAGUGUAAGGAAUAUUGCGCCUUUCUCUAUGACGGAUAUGGGAGAUGGAUCAAAAAAGCCUGGUCUCCAUUUUUACCAUCAACAUUCAAUACGAGCAAGGUGCUGGUCAAAGAAGCCUCUGGUACAAUCGUAUCCUAUGGCGAUUCUCUGGGAUUACGAUUCGGUAACUCAAUGUCUGGAAAUCCUAAUAUACGCAAGGUUUACAAGCAAGCUGACUACCGAUACAACUGGAUCUAUCCCAUUGGAUCUGAAGCGGCUGAACUAAAAAGAAAUGAUGACUUAGACAUCGACGUGGAGCGUAUCGUCUCCUAUAUCAAGAAGACUUUAGACCAGCCGUCAAUCAAUACAGAACACAGUACUCUGGUCCUCAACCUCGGACUGCACUAUGCGGUCACAGUGAACUUCAGCACCUAUCAAUACGUGUUAGAGAGAGUUCUUGAUCUUUUCUUUGCGAAUCAAACACUUGAACAUCAAGGGAGGCAACGAGCUAGAUACAAAACUAACAUUAUUUGGAAAACUACCUCUCAAAUUAAGAAAGAAAACGCAGGAUCGUUAAAUGAGACUUCGAACAGAUUCUUCACGGCACAGAGAGUGCAGCUAUUCAAUGCAUAUGCAACAUGGAGAAUGUGUAAAGCUGGGAUUCCUGUGGUUGAUGUCCAUCAGGUGACCCUAUCGUACCCCCCUGGACCGAUGGAUGUUGUUCAUUAUCCUAAUUAUGUUUUUAAACAAGCAGAGGACGCUUUGGCUAAUUUCAAGAGGUUUUAUAAUAAUAACAUCAGUUUAAUAGAUAGAACAUGUAUUCAAUAAUUGAUAAAAUGUUAAGAAUAGAUAAGAUGAAAUGAAUUCAAAUAGAACAUGUAUUCAAUGAUGAUUGCCAAUACAAUCAAUAAGGUUUUUGAUUUUCUAUUAAAGGCACAGUGUAACUGUG